AUGUCACUGAUUUACCUUGUCCUGAGCUUGGGCGGCAUUGUUGGUGAUGAGAGCCGAGGGAGUGGACGUCCGGCAGGGCCCGGUGCCGCGGAGAGUCAGCCACUACUUGCUUUACCCGGAGCAAGCCCAGGACUGGAAUCGGCUGCUGCUACAUCGGUGAGUCCGAAGAAUAUCUGGCUAGCUGAAAGUGUCCUUGAAAUCCUCGUGGAUCAGAGGGAGUGGGUGCUGAAGAGCAACAUGCUGAUCGCCAUGAUCGUUUACACCUACCUACGGCUGAUUGUGGAUCACCACGGCACACCACAGCUGCAGGCCCUCCGACAGAAGGAGGUGGACUUCUGUAUGACCCUGCUCCGGGACAAGUUCAUGGACUGCACAAUGAUUGGCCGAGACCUGGUUCGACUACUACAGAAUGUUGCGAGGAUACCAGAAUUUGAGAAGUUAUGGAGAGACAUUCUACAUAAUCCUCAGGCCCUGAGCCCCCAGUUCACAGGUAGCCCGCUCUGUGUUCUCCCCUUGGCUGCGGUCUCACACUGCCUUGCUGUUUCCCGGCAGGUACGGUUCGGACAGCAGAAGCGCUACCAGGACUGGUUUCAGCGUCAGUAUCUGUCGACCCCCGACAGCCAGUCGUUACGCUGUGACCUGAUCCGUUAUAUCUGUGGUGUUGUUCAUCCAUCCAACGAGGUUCUGAGCUCAGACAUCCUCCCUCGAUGGGCCAUCAUCGGUUGGUUACUGACCACGUGCACGUCCAAUGUUGCAGCUUCCAAUGCCAAGUUGGCCCUGUUUUAUGAUUGGCUAUUCUUCAACCCGGAGAAGGACAGCAUCAUGAACAUAGAGCCGGCCAUCCUGGUUAUGCAUCAUUCCAUGAAGCCUCAUCCAGCAAUUACUGCCACUCUGCUUGACUUCAUCUGUCGGAUUAUUCCUCACUUCUAUCCCCCGCUGGAGUCCCAUGUCAGGCAGGGUGUGUUCAACUCACUCAAUCACAUUGUGGAAAAGCGAGUGCUAGCGCCCCUGGCACCUCUGUUCGACAACCCAAAACUGGACAAAGAGCUGCGUGCCAUGAUCCGGGAGAAGUUUCCGGAAUUCUGUAGCUCGCCCUCCCCACCGGUGGAAGUGAAAAUUGAGGAAUCUGUUGCCAUUGAUAUGGAUAACCAUGUCACUGACAAAGAGCGGGAGGACAAUUGCUAUGACAAUACAGAUGCUGCCUUUAGUGAUGAUGAGGAAGAGAUGAACAGUAAAGGGAAGAAACGGGAAUUUCGAUUUCAUCCAAUCAAAGAGGCUAUUGUUGAGGAGCCUGUUGACAUCACGCCGUACCUGGACCAAUUGGAUGACGCGCUGAAGGAGAAAGUGUUACUCAUUCAGAAAGGGCGAGACACGGAGACUCAGUGUGAAAUUAUGCAGGAAAUUGUGGACAUGAUACUGGAGGAUGAUUUUGAUACAGAGCUCAUGGUAACACUGGCGUCCUGCCUCGUCGAGUUGUUUAAGGGACACUUCAGGGGUGAGGUACUGCCGGAGGAGAUCACUGAGGAAUCUCUGGAGGAGUCGGUGGGCAAACCCCUUUAUGUUACAUUCAGGAACCUGUGCCAGAUGCAGGAGGACAACAGCAGCUUCUCGUUGUUGUUGGAGCUGUUAUCGGAGUUGUACCAGAAGCAGCCCAAGAUCGGUUAUCACCUCCUGUACUAUCUGCGAGCCAGUAAAGCAGCAUCGGGGAAGAUGAGGCUGUACGAGUCCUUUGCCCAGGCCACCCAGCUGGGUGAUCUGCACACCUGUCUCAUGAUGGAUAUGAAAGCCUGUCAGGAGGAUGACAUUCGCCUGCUCUGCUACCUGACCCCAACUAUCUACACCUCGUUCCCCGAUGAGACGUUACGCAGCAGUGAACUCCUCAACAUGAUUGUUGCUGUCAUUGACUCUGCCCAGCUGCAGGAGUUGGUGUGCCACAUAAUGAUGGGGAACCUGGUGAUGUUUCGCAAGGAUUCUGUUCUCAACAUCCUGAGUAAGUGUGCCAUCCUUCCCCUCUGUUUUGUUAAUGAACUGACGUGCCAGCACUGGCUGGGGCGCGCUCUCUACAAAGUUGGGGGCUGUCUGGGGAAAGAUGGGUUGUGUUGUCUGUUUCUCCCUCCCCCGUCCGUGGGCAGGCCCACUGAGGAGAUGGUGAAGAUGGUGAUGAGUCGCCCCUGCCACCCUGAUGACCAUUUCCCCACCAGCAUCCUGCGGCAGUGGUCCAUGAAGUACGAUGACACGCUGGCCGAGCAAAUCAAAGCCCUGCUCAUCAAGAACAACAGCCUGCCCCGAAAACGCCAGAGCUUACGCAGCUCCAGCAGCAAGUUGGCCCAGCUCACCCUGGAACAGAUCCUGGAGCACCUCGCCAACUUGCGGCUCUGCCUCCUGCCCACCAAACAGAACUUUUUUACCCAGACGCCAAUCCUGCAGGCCCUUCAGCACGUGCAGGCGAGCUGUGAUGAGGCGCACAAGAUGAAGUUCAGUGACCUCUUUGCGCUGGCUGACGAUUACGAAGAUUCCUCCAAACCAUCUCGGAGCCGGCGCAAGACAGCAGCCUCCAGCCCCAGGAACCGGAAAAACGCCUCCCAACCUGUCGGCAACGACGAGGACUCCUCGUCGAGCAGCGGGACGGUACGUCACGCGGUCACGGAAACCGAGCCUUCCGCCCAGUUCCCCCAAAGUGAACUACUCCCUUUCAACCCGUAGAAACCGUUCCUAAUC